UCCAGAUUGGGACCAUCCCAAUCAUGAGGUCCGACAUGUGCCAGGAGGAUUGCAUCUUGCUUUAUAAAGGGAUGCCGCAAGGUUUGGAGCUAUGACAGCUUCAACUUGGCUAGUCUUUCUUGGGACUUCAGACUCGGAGAAUCUCUUUACUUUUCGCCAUGGAAGACUACUUUGCUGCCGUCCGCAAGAUGGAACAAACGGUGAUGUUCCCCAGUCUUCUCUUGGGGGUCUCCUUGGAGAACCAGGACGACAAAGACUUGCAUGAAUAUUACAGCCUCCUCAAAUCCAUCAAGUUGGCGGCAGAAGGAGGCCUGAAAGAGAAGAGCCUCGGCCUCCCCGAAGAGGACGGCAAGGAGGAGGCAGACCUUGAAGGACUCUUUCAUUUCCACGUGUCCUGUCUGCACCACAUCCUGACGCGGCUGACCGGCAUGGCCAACACCGUAACAUCCAAAUACAACGAAAUCAUGGGGCAGAUCGGCCAGAACGAAUUUUCUCUCCGGUGGUGAAACCAUGUGCCAGGACAAACUGCAUUUUGCAACUUGGACAUAUGUACAACCCCAGUCCUGUUUCUGGGAAGGACACAGAAAGGUCUUCAUUGCCAUCUCCACCCCAUGGACCAUCGUUGCACGAACCAUACUUGAAUGACUUUCGCACUGAUCUUUGUUGACCAAAGAUUUCUUAUCUAUGAACUCAAUAUCUAAUUGUAUGCCUUGGGCGCUAUUGCUUUCUGACGCUUGUAAAUUGCGACUGCUUUCGAGAAAUAAAGUAUUUCCUACCACACGAUAUAA